AAUCUUCAACAACCUAGUCUUCCUCGCGAUGGGUUCAAUUCACUGGAUCAGCGUCGCAUUCACCCACGAUAUGGCAAUCUUCUACGAGAGUACUGUCGUGCUGACGAGAAAACCAUUCUCGGAAGAUCUGUUUUUUGAUUUGAUCGAAAAGUAUCGAAUCAACGGCGUAAACGGACCUCCGGUUUAUUCACACGCGCUGGUGCAACAUCCCCGUGCCAAGCGGGUGGAUCUGUCCUCGAUGAAACUGUGGGGCAUUGGAGGGUACUUCGUGUCGGACGGAAUCCGGGAUGCGGUGGAUACGUUACUCCCCAGCGGAAGGUCGUUUACAAUCUACGCUUCCACCGAAUGUGGAUUGAUUGCGGCGGAUUUGUUGAAACGUAAACGAGGAGCCGUAGGAUCGGUGUUGUCUAAUUUGGAAAUUAAAAUCGUUGAUGAUGAAGGACGGUCUCUUGGUGUUGGAGAGCAAGGAGAGCUGUGGAUUAAAAGGACACCUACAUUUUUGGGCUACUUCAAGGACGAGAAAGCCACAGCAGAAGCACUGGAUGCCGAGGGUUGGUUCCGAUCCGGCGAUAUGGGAUACUUCGACGAGGAAGGAUAUCUUUUUCUGGUCGACCGCAAAGGAGAUACCUUCAAAUACUAUGACGCGGUUAGUCCUCAACAGUUGGAGGACAUAAUCUUACAAAUGGAAGGGAUAAAACAGGCUUGUGUCGUGGGGAUUCCAACACAGGAAAGAAGCAAAGAGCUACCCACGGCAGUGGUCGUCCGAGAUGUACCAUCAGCCGUUAGCGAGGAAGACAUAGUUCUGUUUGUUGAGAAACGUGUUACGGACCAUAAACGGCUCAGAGGUGGAGUUUACUUUGUUGAUGGAAUGCCGCUUACCAGCAAGGGAAAUGUAAAGAGAAAAGUUGUACGGAAGAUGAUUAUGGAUGGCGAAAUUAAAUGAUUAAUUGAUUUUAUUCUGCAAUCCAACUGAACAGAUUUUCUUUCUAAAAAUAUAGU